AUGUUUGCACUGCUACUCCAGAGCGUCUGGGACUGGCUCCUGACGCACGAUACCUUGCUCAGCUCCCCCUUCUUCCCCGUGCUCUUCUCCCUGGGCACCUACCUGCUCUUCUGCCUGCCCUACGUGGCCCUGGACCUCCUGUCACCGCACGUGGAGCUUAUCCGCCGCUACAAGAUCCAGCAGAGGAGCCAUGUGCCGUGGGAGGUGAUGUGGAGCUGCCUGGUCCACUCGCUCUAUAACCAUGUGAUGUUCAUCUUCCCGCUAACGGUGCUUAACUGGUACUGGAGGAAGGUGAGCUCGGCCGAGGCACCGCACCCGUUGAAGGUUGCACAUGACCUGCUGGCUUGUCUGCUGCUGUUUGAUUUCCAGUACUUCGUGUGGCACAUGCUGCACCACAAGGUACCCUGGCUGUACCGGACAUUCCACAAGGUGCAUCACAAGUACACCUCCACCUUCGUGCUGAGCACGGAGUACUCGGGCGUCUGGGAGACGCUCUCACUCGGCUUCUUCGCCGCCAUCAACCCUCUGCUCCUGGGCUGCCACCCACUCACUGAGCUGCUGUUCUUCGUGCUCAACAUCGGGCUGUCUGGAGACCACUGUGGAUACGACUUCCCCUGGGCCAUCCACAGACUGGUGCCGUUUGGACUUUUUGGAGGGGCACCCCAUCAUGACCUCCAUCACCUCAAGUUUAAGUCCAACUACGCCCCGUAUUUCACACACUGGGACAGACUGUUUGGGACUCUGCAUGAGGAUUAA